AUUUAAAUAAAUAAUAAAUGGGCAAAAAGGAAACAAAGGAUAAGAAGCCAGCACAAUUCAAAAAGAUUUAUGAGUUGUUGUCCAAGUAUACUUAAGUCAUCAUCGUCGGAUUAGCAAAUGUUGGAUCAAAACAAGUGUAAGACAUUAGAAGAAUUUUGGCUAAGAAGAACGCCCUCUUAGUUAAUUGGCAAGAAUACUCUCUUCAAAAAGGUCUUGGCCACAAGAGUUUCAGAAUUGCCAGAUACUCAUGAAUAUUAUGAAGAUUUGAAGAAAUUCGGCAAUGCAAUCAAAGAAUUAGACUCCUUGAAAAACUAAGUUGCAGGCAAAGUUGGAUUCGUCUUCACAGAUACUCCAGUCUUUGAUCUCAAGCCAGUAAUCGAAGAAAAUAAAGUUGAAACCCCAGCAAGAGUUGGUGCCGUCGCUCCAAUUGAUGUUGUUAUUCCACCUGGCCCAACUGGUAUGGAUCCAGCUUCAAUUCAAUUCUUCCAUGCACUCUAAAUCCCAACCAAAAUUGAAAAGGGUUAAAUCUAAAUCACCAAAGACUUUGUUGUCUUGAAAACAGGCUAAAAAGUUGGUUAAUCCCAAGCUGUCUUAUUGUAGAAAUUAGGAAAGAAGCCAUUUUUAUAUGGUAUGGAAGUUCUAUCAUGCUAUGAUAAUGGAUCAAUUUUGAAUAAAUAAUAGGUUUCAGUAAACUUGAAUGACAUUGUUGCUAAAUUCCAAUAGAAUGUCUAAAACAUUUCAGCUAUUUCAUUGUAAAAUGGUUGGGUCAAUGAAGCCUCAGCUCCAUAUGUGUUGGCAAAUGCCUUUAAAGAUUUAGCAGCUAUCGGCUUAUAAAGUGGAUUCAUCUUUGAUCAAAUUAAGCAAUCUAAUGCCCCAGUUGCCGCUGCUCCAGUAGCCGCUAAAGUUGAAUAAAAACCAGCUGCCCAAUAAGCCCCAGCUAAAGCUGAAGAGCCAGAAGAAGAUGUUGAUAUGGGAGGUUUAUUUGAUUGAUCAUGAAAACAAUAGUAUAUUAAUAAUACAUACAAAUAACAUACAGUAAAUAGGGUUAUA